CGCCGCUGCGCCCGAGCGGGCGGCUCUACUUAAGCGGCGCGCCGGCCGCGACCCGGCACUCUCCUGGAGCGCGCGGCUGGGCGAGCGGAGCGCGGCGGGGCUCUCGGGGGCGCACAGCGGCGCGCUCGCACCGCGCGGCUCCGCGCGGCUCUCGGCGGCGGCCGGGGCGCAGGGCUGAGCGAGCGUCCGGAAGAGGCAGCGGCGGCUCCCGCGCGCGGUCCCGCUCCCUGCGACUACCCCAGCCCGGCCACCUCUCUGCCAUGGCUCUGGCGGACAGCACACGUGGAUUACCCAACGGGGGCGGCGGCGGGGGCGGCAGCGGCUCCUCGUCGUCCUCGGCAGAGCCGCCGCUCUUCCCCGAUAUCGUGGAGCUGAACGUGGGGGGCCAGGUGUAUGUGACCCGACGCUGUACCGUGGUGUCGGUGCCCGACUCCCUGCUCUGGCGCAUGUUCACGCAGCAGCAGCCGCAGGAGCUGGCCCGGGACAGCAAAGGCCGCUUCUUUCUGGACCGAGACGGCUUCCUCUUCCGCUACAUCCUGGAUUACCUACGGGACUUGCAGCUCGUGCUGCCCGACUACUUCCCCGAGCGCAGCCGGCUGCAGCGCGAGGCCGAGUACUUCGAGCUGCCCGAGCUCGUGCGCCGCCUCGGGGCGCCCCAGCAGCCCGGCCCCGGGCCGCCGCCGCCCUCGCGGCGCGGGGUGCAAAAGGAGGGCUCGCUGGGCGAUGAGCUGCUGCCGCUUGGCUACGCGGAGCCCGAGCAGCAGGAGGGCGCCUCGGCCGGGGCCCCGUCGCCCACGCUGGAGCUGGCUAGCCGCAGCCCGUCCGGGGGCGCGGCGGGCCCGCUGCUCACGCCGUCCCAGUCGUUGGACGGCAGCCGGCGCUCGGGCUACAUCACCAUCGGCUACCGCGGCUCCUACACGAUCGGGCGGGACGCGCAGGCGGACGCCAAGUUCCGGCGAGUGGCGCGCAUCACCGUGUGCGGCAAGACGUCGCUGGCCAAGGAGGUGUUCGGGGACACCCUGAACGAGAGCCGGGACCCCGACCGGCCGCCGGAGCGCUACACCUCCCGCUAUUACCUCAAGUUCAACUUCCUGGAGCAAGCCUUCGACAAGCUAUCCGAGUCGGGCUUCCACAUGGUGGCGUGCAGUUCCACGGGCACCUGCGCCUUCGCCGGCAGCACCGACCAGAGCGAGGACAAGAUCUGGACCAGCUACACCGAGUACGUCUUCUGCAGGGAGUGAGCUCCCCAGACCCCCUCGCGACUCCAGCGCGCCCAUUCCCCCUCCUUCUUGCCCGGGAGAGGAUUAUAGAGCUCCUCUCCCGCGCCACGGCCUCCCCCCCCCCUGUCCCCCAGCUCGAGUAGCUGGACCAGACUCACUCGGCCCCCACUCCAGAAGCUGCAGCCGCGAAUCCUCUCGGCUUCUUCGUCUUCUUUGGACCCCACUAACCGAGAGAGCUCAGACACACCCCCCUCCCCAUUACCCCAGGCUUCCUCUUCCCCGUGCCUCAAACCUCCCCUUUCCCCGGAUUGCCCUUCAGUCUGGAUCUAGUGGGGCAGCGUGGCCACGGAGUCCCCGAGGACCUGCGAGUGACUGAAUUGUUCAGAACCUGAUUGGACCCUGUCCAGUGUGGAAGAUUCCUUGAAAUCUUUUCAAGCCCUUGUGUCUCAUUCGCGGUAGAAGAGUUCAGAAUUGAUAGCACUGUUUGGGAAUAGUGUUUUAAAAGGUCGUUACCUAGUCUUUUUGACCGUCUUUCAAGGUAGAGCUUUAGAAGGCUGGAUGGAAGACUGUGGACCUGGAGUUAGGAUCCCAGUGACGAUAAAUGAAUAAAGUUCUGAAAAGUUACAGGUAGAAGUGGAAGAAUCUAGUGCAGGCACAAUGAAGGAUCGUAACUUUUCCAUGCAGAAUGAAGAGUCUCCGCCUGGGGCUUAAACUUGUAGAAAGUUACCCUCCUGCCUGGGGAGGCUCCCUUUCUCCUCGGCUCACCGCCAGCAGCCCUUGGUUCCACGGGUUGACACGGCAGCCAUUAUUGCAAGAGCGAGAAAGAGCACUGCCGCUGAUAGGGGCAAGACAGCCCGGGUCACCAAACGCUGCGGGAAGUCAGCUGGCAGUGACUAUGGACGGAGCUGGGUAGUAUUGCACGUCGUGGGUGUUAGCAAAGUCCGUCUUCUUGCAGAGAAUGGGAGUAGGACUUCAGCUCUACAAACUUGAGGGGGGCGGGUGGGGAGGGAGGAUGGAGGGUAGGAGGGGUGGGAUGGGAGGAGCAGACAUACUCAUUUAUUGUUUGAAAGUUGGUAGUUUGUACCAUCCGUUUGAGUACAUGCACGUUAAAAAAAUAGUCCACAAAAACAUGCAAAGCGUUUUGUAAAGAUUAAGAGAUCUACUCUUAACUGGCAGUUUGAACUUACUGUGUUGAGUCCUAAACUUAGAAGUUGCUGAUACUUACAUAACCUAACCAAAGAGCUAUCCAGUAGGGUUUUAGUUUGUGAACUUUAUUUUCCUGUUGAUUAUAAAUCCUGAUUUUAAGAUCUAUUUACUUGAGCAAAAUAUGUUUGAUUUCGGUUAGUUAGACUUAAGAUCUCUUAUUAAAAGUCCUUACUUUCUCCAAGCCCAGUCAAUGUUGACUUCUGGGCAAACCUGAAAAUGCCACUUCUUUCAUGCAGAUUCUUUGAAGUUAAGAUGGAAUCUUUUCGAGUGACAGAGCUGCAGAGAAAUAGAAGCUCCAUGGGCUGCCCAUCUGUAGAUAGCUGUAAAAUGGAAUAUUUUUAAUUGAAGGCAAAAAAGUGCUUAAAAGUGAGCUGAGCAAUAAAAUAGUGUUUGAGGUAAAUGCAACAGAAACAGAAGGAGACCUGGUUGCCUUAUACCUUUACGCGAACACGGAAUAAACUCCCACUGCACAUCCUGUCUACACCAUAAGUGGAGGGAAACGACUCCUUGUCUUUCAUGCUGUGAGGCUCCUUUGGAUAUUCUGUGAUGACCGAGAAGCCUUUCUUUUUUCAUUUGUUUCAACAUCUUUAUCCGAAGUACGUUUUUAAAGAUUUUGUAAGAGUCGUUUUCAGUGUUUAAAUUAGCGCUAUUUUUCCUUCUUUUUAAAAAUGAAUCUUGUACUGUAUCUUACUAUGUCUGUAACAGGUGUUAAGAAUUGAAACAGUUUUAUUCUUAGAUUCAUGCGAUCCAGUCUGUAUAUACCAUAUAUAAACAUUUUACACGAAUCAUUUAGUUUUUUAAUUCAUUUACUAAUGCUAUAAAAUUUCCUAUAUUUACCCCUAGUGACUUGCAUCAGAUGGUGUAUAUACUAAAGCAACAUGUUUUGAUGAGUUUCUUAUAUCCUUGUCUAUGGGGAAGUUGAGUUAGAAAAAAAUACGUAAAACUGAGUUUGCUCCAUACUUUUUUGCUUAGAUAUUAGUUGUAUACUAAUAAUAUACGAUUAACUGUCUCCUUAAAUCAAGGUACCUGUAUUUUUAAUCCACUCCUUUUUUUUUUUAACUUGGGAAAGAGAAAGAUUUGAGGUCUUUAUUGGAGUUACAUUGUUAGAAAAGUAAAGUUAGCUUUAUAUGCAAAGACUGUAAUUGUAAGAGAAAUGGAAGCAGAGAUCCAGAAGGUUGUGUUUGCUUAUGUGUUGAGUGUGUUCUCAGACUCGGUAAUAAUACAUCAGAACUUAUCUCUGUUUCAAGCCUGAAGUGAUUUAGGAAUGUUGCUCAGUGGCCAAAAGUGAGUGUCACAGAGGUUUCUCCUCCAUGAAUGGUAUUCUCUUAGAUUGUUCAACAAAAAGCACAUAAUUGAGAAUAUCUUGGGACAGAUCAAAACCAUUGACUUGGCAAGACUCCGAGAUUCUGAUUUUCCUUGUUAAAUCUUCACAACUCCAGGAGUCAUGGGAAACUACUAAGGUUUUGUCUCUGCCACUCAAGUCUUAUAAAUUUUAUCCUGUAAAACUUUGAGGUGAACUAUUCCACUGCUUUGGGCAUGCACAUCUUUCUCUCUCACACACCCUUGCUGCCCUGCAGUACUCCGCUUACCCCUUUCAUGAUCUGAAAGGCUGGGAAUUAAUGGUUAGAGACAGUAAACCCCCCUGUUUUUCUAGGGAUGAUGUCCUCUCUAAAGUUGGAAGUCAACUUGUGAAAACAUUCUACUUUUAGCCCAAAGUAAAGGCUGGGGAGGAAACUCAUUUUCCAUUGGGUAGAUGAUUUAACUGAGGUAAGAUGACUUGGCAUGGGUACUUUUGGGACACUUCGCCUCCAUGUGCUCUGGGCCGCAGAAGGACCCUUAGCCAUCUACAAAGUGGGCUGGAGUGUUGAUUGUCAGCUAUGAGCUUGGAUGGGAUAUUGAGAGUCCGUUUGAGUAAGCUCUCCAAAGACACCAUUCAAAUCACCUGGGAGAAUUCAUAAAUUAUUCACAUAAUUAUGACUGCAUUAAUCUGACUCAGUGUAGCAUGCAUUUUCAUAUGUAAUGGCUCUAAUUACCAUUUUGUUCAUAAGUACAACUGAAUGACAUUUGAUUUUAAUAAAUUUAAUUUUUAAAGAAGAAGAAUUGUCGACAGUGUUGGUUAAAAAACAGGUACCAUGUUCAAUGCUUUUGCACCAAGUGUUUGACAAGUUGUCUGUUUUUUAGUACAUGUAGACUAUGAACCAUAUUCAUUCUAAUUUUUCAAAUUAUAUGUUAUGGAAAAUAUUCCUUGAAGGUGUGAAACAAAAAUUCUUUUCCCUUUCAAUACCAUUUUUUAUUCUUGUAUUUCUUAUUUGUUUUUUUGCAUUGAUAGCAAAGUGGUAAUUUAUAAUACUAGCCAAAAUUGUCUUCUCUUUCAAACCAGAUCCAUAUGUAUAUGGGGCCUCUUACGUCUCUGAGGAAAUGCAUAAUUUGUGGAUUCUCAGACAAAAUGGGCAACUGGCAAUGCUCAAUAACAUAUUUCAAUUUUUAUUGGAGUUUUCCAUGGAAUGUUAUUAUUACAUUGAAGCCAUUUAAGGUGAAGCUUUGAUAACUUUUUACUUUUUAAAUUAUGGUAAAUUCUAGUAUUCAAAAGACUUUUGUACUCCACAUGAAAAAUGCUAAAUUAUAGUGCAGGCAUAAGUAUUGACUUGAGGGGUUGAAUUCCUUAAGAAUUUCUUUAAUGGUCUACGUCAUAAAUACUUUACUCAAUUGACUUAAAUUUCUAAAAUAGUAAACUGAAUAUUUUUAUUAUAAACCUACCAGAGUAAAUCCUUUGACUUUUUUCCCCUUACUAUAACUCAUUUAAAAACUGAAAUUAGUUUUCCUAGAUGACCGAAGUCUGUCUCUCGAGAAAUAAAUACAAUACUCUUGUGUUUCCAGUGGCUAUAAUACCUGAAAUAGGUUUUCUUAGAAAUAAGUUAUAUUGAAGUUAACUUUGCUUUGUCACAAUUUUGGACAAUUGAAAUCUAAAAGUAUUACUGUUUGAAGCUUUAGAUUCUCUACUGGGGCCUUUGAAACUUAGAUAAAAGAAAUUCAACCAGAAUAUCUAAUUUAGAGUAUAAUCUUGUGUGGUAGGAAGAUGGACUAGUUGACCAAGAAUUCUUGUCACCUUAUACAUUUUGUGAUUUUUUUUCCCCCAAGUGAAGUUUUCUUUUAAUUUUAAGUGUUUUGAAGUAUGUGAACAUUAAUUGUAGUGUAAGCUGUUAUGCAACUGUCUUUGUGACUUUAUAGGCAGGUGAGUUUUGCUAUUACUAUCAAAUACGGAUGAUGACAAUUCAUUUGUGACAACUCAAACAGCAUUAGUGACAUUUAAUGACAAAAAGUUAAAACAUCCAUCAUGGAUGUUAAUUUUGAAGAUGUAAAUUAUAUGUUAUUUAAAUUUUUCUGGGCAUCUGAAAAACUGUUACCUGCUGAACAUUCUAAGAUUCCCAUAGAGCUAUCUGGGAUUAUGAAUUGUUGAAAGUGUUAUAUGCUGAGUGAUACACAUCACUGACCCAUUUUCUCAAAAUAGAAGAAAGAAGGAAAAAAAUCAUGAUUAUCAGACUUCUAAUGAAACAGAAAGCCAAGAAAAAAAAAUCCCUCUCUAUUUUAAAAAAGACACUGAUGAAGUCUUUUCAGACAUGCCCAAACUUUAAGUGAAAAUUUCUUCAAUCAUCUAAAUGCUCUAAAGAUUUUUGUUCUCUCCGUUCACAACCAGUUGUAUAACAGAAGUACUCGAUACUGUUUUCCUCCCUGUGUGUGAACUAAUGAAUCAUAGAUUAUGUGACUUGUUAUGUAUUCUAUUAAACACUAAAGAAUAAAACAUUCACUCCUUUA